AUGCCGUCUAUAUCCCUGACCGCGAAAGAUCGCUUGCGAAGAAGCCAGUCCGCUCGCUCCAUGCGCAGAUCGCGUCAGUCCUCCCUGCCUUCGGAGCUGUUCGACCCGUCCAUUGCCAGACAGCAUGCGGCUGUUGCUGCCACUCGUGCCAUGCUGCGCUCCUCGGACAGAUCGUCUGCAGACUCAAAGCACUCGUAUGACUGUCUAGGUGGCCCGGAAAACAUGGCAGUCCCAUCAAAAAGACUAACUCGGCCGCCCCGUCACACGCAAGCCCCAACCAAGGAUCCUUCAGUCGAAGACGCUUCGCCUUCUCGCCGAUCCAUAGCAAGCUAUAUAGAGAACUGCGACGAUGACCUUACUUUCUCGGCGGCCUUGCCACCCAUAAGUGAAUUUCGAGGCCUGAAUGGUCGUGACUCCUCGCUGCCUUCCUCCUAUCGCCGGCUUCGUAAAGCACGUUCGAUGUUCUCGACUAGACAGCGUGCCUCGUAUAUUUCUCAUGAAUACUCAUCUGAUGUAUAUGCUCGGAGAUUCAAUGACACAGAGCAAUUUGAAACACCCCGCCGUUACAGGACGUUGAGACGCUCCAUGUCUUUUCUAAGAAGUGGUCAAUCUCCUAGAUUCAUCCGCCACGCGCAGAGUCAAGAAGCAGCUAUCCAGCUCGCGCGCAGUCAGUUCCAGGAGAACAUGGUCGGACAAUGCAGUGGUCAAAGGCAAUCGUCUAUCACUAUGCUCAAGCCAAGACGUGAGCAUAAGCCCUUCAGAAAGACAUUUCGCACUAACAGUGGCUCGGGUAUGGACACGGAUGCGUCAACAUCUGCAGGGCAGUCAAAAAGAGUUUCUUCUCGUGGAAAAGCGCGCGCUCUUUCUUCAUCUAUCAAGAGAGGGCUGAAGCGAGUUUUGGGUCUGUCAAAGACAUCAGCGGCUCCGGGACAAGCGGAAGCUUCACCCCUCUCACUUCAGCAACACAAUUACGGCCCAUCGUCGACCAUCUAUGCCGGCGAUUCUAGCGCUGAGGAACUUGGCCAUUCCCAUGAGACCAUCGGCCAGAGUAGACCGCCCACGGUGCGGAGUGUUCAAAGCAAUGAAAGUCUUUCGACUUCCCGCUCUCGUGUAACAAGUUGGACUGACUCGACCGUCGCAAGUACGAUCGCAACCCGCAGAGCACCCGAGCGUGACUGUCUGUCCAUCAUUAACGAACAAGGAGACUUCAACGGACGUGCCGGUUCCGAGCUCCCACCAAGACCAAGUGCAAUACGACCAGACGGCUCCAUCGACAGUAAACACUUGUACGAUGCGUUGUUGAGACGGAUAGGCAGAGGAGAUAUGCCAAGUCCCAGUGAGGAGGUUGUAGUGGGCCAAGUCAAAGAGCAUCGACUCAUACCAGCGCGCACGUCUUCUCUUCGCCCCAGGCGCAGCAGGCAGACCAUCCGCCAGAUACCAAGUGAUGCAUCGAUUGCAACUUCCAGGACAUUUGCCACAGCCUACGCAGGUAGUUCAUCUCCUCAGAAGCAGACGCAGCGCCAUUCCCGGUCGUCCAUGCCUUCGCAAAGGAAAUCAAGUGCGCCGAAGAAAGCGAGCACACCACUGGAUUUUAGUGCAGUCGAUAAUGCAAAGGAACCUGCCGCUGCAUGUGCUGAAGACGCCGAGGACGAUUCUCGAAGCGUGAUCGUCGCCAGUCAAGCCGACCCAGAGACUCUCUCCAAUUCUCCCAGCAUCUAUUCUCGGACCACCAGCGGGAGCUCUCCUGAAAGGAAAGAUCAGGCGAUCGAUUUGUAUUCGCCAGAAGUGGAGGAUGAGCCAGGGAUGGUGACUAUCUAUGAGAGCCAAAGGACCGCUUACUCCUCCCCAAAACGUAUCGCUCGCUCUUCGUCCAAUGAAAACCGAGUACGGCCCAGCGCUGAAUGGAAACAAUGGAUGUCUUCACAGAUGGCAAGAUUCGAGACAAUCGUGCCCCCUAGAGACCACUAUAGAGAGGAUGCACAGAUCCACGAGGAGGCCGGGGACUUUCUAUCCUCAGCUCCUCGCCACGGCGAAUCCCCGUACCCUCAGACUACCUAUCUCUCUCAGAGUAUUUCCGAGAGUGAAAAGGGAACAGACGGCAAAGUUGUACCAAACAAUAAUUUUUCCCGGCCAUUCAGUCGGUCGUCGAGCGUCCGAACGAUUGUGCCGUCCAGAACCGAGCAGGCAAAAGAGCAGGCUUCUCCAUCCGCGGAUUCAGUCUUUUCUUCUAGUGUACACAACUAUCCUCAGGGAUACGCUUUGACUACCAACGGAGUACGCUCGCGCGAGAAUGAGCCCGCGUGGUCGCCAAUGCAAGCGAGGUCAAGCAAUCGACUUCAGGCACUUGAUUCUCCCACCCCUAAGAGGCGUGGAGCGGACUCUCAACAAACAGAAUUGGCAGACGAGCGGUAUCGCAGGUACUCGGCACGGCGUCUUACAGUUUCCUCGGACUCGAGGAUUCAGCAGUGCCGCUCAAUUAGAAAAACGACCAACGAGAAUGCGAGGGCUGGUGAGCGGCCGGAUAGAUUGAGUAAGUUUGGAGAUCCACACGACAUGCCUUCGCCUGUGUCAAGUAAGCACAUGGUGGAGAUGUUUCUGAGCAGUCGACGGAGACCAGUUGAAAGUAAAAUAUCGGAAGACGGCGCGCAAGAGGAAGCCUUUGUAUAA